CUGUCUAUCUAUCGUUCAUUUGGUUCCUUGCUCCUGUUGUUUUGAGGGGCUGGGGUGGUUCGUUUUCCUCCAACCCUUGACUGCCUGCCCGCCUUUCCCCAAUCUCCAUUUCUCCACCUCUCUCCCAGUGUGUUUUGGGCCAUUUUCUCCACGGAGUCUUCUCCUACCUUGGCGCGGUGCGUGCUUCCACCGGUGUUCCUUUGGGGGUUGCUUGUUUGCGAGUGUUGCGUGAGUGUUACCUGUGGAUUUGGCGUCUCCCUUGCUUUGUUCUCUUGCUCGCAAGGGGGUAUGCCAUGAUCCACAAGACGCCGCAGGAAGCAAGCAGUAGCUACAAUUAAUCGAUCCCAUGUCGUCGCCUUGUGUUCUUCUCUAAACUCACUGACAGACUAGGACUGGACGACUGCUCUCGGCGGCGGCGCUCACCUGAAGCCAAGCACAAGCAAUUGGAAGGAGUAGCUGAUUGUUCUAUUCGACCGAUGGCCGCCGCCUCGUCCGCUCCUUUCUUCGGCCUCUCCGACGCGCAGAUGCAGCCGAUGGUGCCCGCGCAGCCUCCCGCUCCCGUUGCCGCCGCGCCGGCACCCAAGAAGAAGCGCAACCAGCCGGGCAACCCAAAUCCGGACGCGGAGGUGAUCGCGCUGUCGCCGCGCUCCCUGAUGGCGACGAACCGGUUCGUGUGCGAGGUUUGUGGCAAGGGGUUCCAGCGGGAGCAGAACCUGCAGCUGCACCGCCGCGGCCACAACCUGCCCUGGAAGCUGAAGCAGAAGAACCCCAAGGACGCGCUGCGGCGGCGCGUGUACCUGUGCCCGGAGCCGACCUGCGUGCACCACGACCCGGCCAGGGCCCUCGGCGACCUCACCGGGAUCAAGAAGCACUACUGCCGCAAGCACGGCGAGAAGAAGUGGAAGUGCGACAAGUGCGCCAAGCGCUACGCCGUGCAGUCCGACUGGAAGGCGCACUCCAAGACCUGCGGCACAAGGGAGUACCGCUGCGACUGCGGCACCCUCUUCUCCAGGAGGGACAGCUUCAUCACCCACCGCGCCUUCUGCGACGCGCUAGCCCAGGAGAGCGCGCGCUUGCCCGCGAUCGGCGCCAGCCUAUACGGUGGCGUCGGAAACAUGGGCGCCCUCAACACUCUCUCCGGCAUGCCCCAACAACUCCCGGUCGGCAGCUUUCCUGACCAGUCCGGCCACCACUCCUCGGCGUCGGCUAUGGACAUCCACAACCUUGGCGGUGGCAGCAAUGGCGGCCAGUUCGACCAGCACCUCAUGCCACAGUCCGCGGGAUCCUCCAUGUUCCGCUCCCAGGCCGCCUCGUCUUCCCCGUACUACCUCGGCGCCGCCGCCGCCCAGGACUUCGCCGAGGAUGACGUCCACCGCUCCCAUGGCAACCAGAGCUCUCUUCUCCAGGGCAAGUCGACGGCGGCCUUCCACGGCCUGAUGCAACUUCCAGACCAGCACCAGGGAAGCGCAAGCAACGGUAACAACAACCUCCUGAACCUUGGCUUCUAUUCGGGCAACGGCGGCGGCCAGGACGGGCGUGUCAUGUUCCAGAACCAGUUCAACAGCAGCGCCGGAAACGGCAACGUCAAUGCUGAGAACAAUGGCAGCCUCCUCGGCGGCGGUGGUGGGGGUUUCCCUUCGCUGUUCGGUUCGUCUGAAUCAGGCGGCGGACUCCCGCAGAUGUCGGCGACGGCGCUGCUGCAGAAAGCGGCGCAGAUGGGCGCGACGACGAGCAGCCACAACGCGAGCGCCGGGCUGAUGCGUGGCCCUGGGAUGAGGGGUGGCGCCGGAGAAGGCGGGUCUUCGUCGUCUGCGAGCGAGAGGCAGUCGUUCCAUGACCUGAUUAUGAACUCCCUGGCGAACGGGAGCGGCGCUCCUGCUACUACGGGUGGUGGCACAGUGGCGUUCGGCGGCGGCGGCUUCCCCAUCGACGACGGCAAGCUGAGCACGAGGGACUUCCUGGGUGUCGGUCCCGGUGGCGUGGUGCACGCUGGCAUGGGCCCGCCCCGGCGGCACGGUGGCGCUGCCGGGCUCCACAUCGGCUCGCUCGACCCGGCCGAGCUGAAGUAGUCCGCAAGAAUCGACAAGAACAAGAAAACAUGCAUGCAUGCAAAAAAAAAAAAUCUUGAAGAUGUUCAUGGAACAUAUCACAUCAGGACGUCAAGGACUAGUCAGGAGUGAGGACAAGGUUAAUUUCUUGGAUAAUCUAUCAGCCUGUUAUUAGUUGAUGCAUGUGUUCAUGUUGGCGCCAUAGCUAGCUGCGUUAGGUAGCCGGUUCAAUAACCCUGUGUGGCCAGAACUUCAGUUUAAUUUUGCUGUUCGUACAAACUGUCAAUUAGCUGUUUUUCUAUCAUGUGGUAUGUACAUUUGGUCAGUCUCCCCUUGAUGCAAACUGAGAAUCCAUCAUCAUAUUACAGGCCAUGUAAGACAGAAUUUAAACUUGACCAUUUGCAGUUCUUGGGUGUGA